AUGCCCCCAGCCCCAUACAGUUCUCCCUACCUUGGCAUCCCAGUACCCUCCCAAGAGUCCCUGAAAACCUCUGGAGCCCCUGGCCACCAGAAGUUCCAUCUCAUCACCAAGGAAGGCCCUGGUCAAGGAUGUCCCAGAAAGGAACAUGAAGGCCCCAGCCAGGCCCGCCUGUGCUGGGAGCUGAAGGACUCACAGAAACCCUCAGUACCCAGCCAUGGGCCAAAGACGCCAUCAGGCAAAAAGGUGAAGCCUCCACCCUGUCCCCUGUCCCGGUCGUGGAAGCAGGACCAUGCGCAGACUCUGGCGGCGGCCUAUGUGCCAGUGGUGGUGGACCCCAGGGGGCAGAACCCGGACAAGUUCAGGCUCAAUUUCUACACCUCCCAGUACUCCAACACCCUGAACCCCUUCUACACCUUGCAGAAGCCUACCUGCGGCUACCUGUACCGCCGGGACACCGACCACACCCGCAAGCGCUUCGACGUGCCUCCUGCCAACCUGGUCUCGUGGUGCUCGUAG